AAACAUGAUGGUGCAACUGGGCGAACGCUUAUGGCCACUCAUGAAAUGUCACAGCCUGGUCGCUGCAAAGAAAAAAAACCCCUCCACCUUUGAGAAAGAUACAAAGAAAAAGGUUAAAGAGGACACAAGUGGAGGAAACAGUCAUACAAGGAGAAGAGGAUGUGAAGGAGAACGAACAGGAGACAGCAAAAGACGCAUUUAGAGGAUGAAGUCAAUGGGAUGAAGAGAGUGAGAAAAGACAAGGAAAAUAUAUUUUUAAAGAAACAAAGUGAAAGGUUUUACGACGACACAAGAAGAAAGAGUCGAGAAGUAAACGAGUCUCGGGGCUAAACUGAAGUCAUUUAUCAAAUUUCUAACUUUGAUUCGGGGUGCAGCGCGGAAGCAUACCCUUUGAUUGGCAGCUCGUGUGGGCCAAUUGUCUACCAUCUCUUGACCAAUGAGCGCAGAGGAGGGCGGAGCUGAUUGAGGUAUCUGUGAGGAGUUGGCGAACUGUUGUCCAGGGAAAGGUGGAGUAAAACAGCAAAGGGAAAAGGUUGCCGUCCAGCAGUGAGCGUUACCAUGAUGCACCACACGACCGUCACAGACAGUACGACUCUAUACGUCCAGAAUCUAACAGAGACGGAUGCCUUCAAUAGGGAUAAUUUUUUGGACCCUGCCGAGGAGUACAAGAUGGACUACAAACGACGAGGCCAGGCGCUCAUUUUUAACCAGGAGCGCUUCUUCUGGCGCCUCGGCAUGAACGACCGACACGGCACAAACAAUGACCGUUACAACCUGGAGAUCAGGCUAAAGGCGCUCAACUUUGAUGUGAAAGUUUACGACAACUACAAAAACGAGGAAGUCCUGGAGAUAAUCCAUAAAGCCGCUAAGGAUAAUCACUCGGAUGCAGAUUGCUUUGUGCUCAUUUUCCUGAGCCACGGCGAGGACGAGCACGUGUACACCUACGACGGCAAGAUCAGCAUCCAGCACAUCACGUCGCUCUUCAAAGGCGACAAGUGCCAAAGCCUGGUUGGGAAGCCCAAGAUCUUUGUGUUGCAGGCGUGUCGCGGAGACAAACAUGACGACCCCGUGGUGCCCUACGACGCUGUGGACAGCGAGUUGAGUACCGGCGAGGUGGUGGUUGACGCCAGUGCUAUUCACACGCUUCCGGCCGGAGCUGAUUUCAUCAUGUGCUACUCAGUGGCGGAAGGUUACUACUCACACCGGGAUACGCUGAACGGUUCGUGGUACAUCCAGGACCUGUGCGAGCUGCUGAGGAAGUAUGGCGACUCUCUGGAAUUCACCGAACUCCUGACGCUGGUCAACCGCACGGUGUCGGCGAGGAGCGUUUUGUCAAGCAAGGACAGGGAGGCCAUCGGCAAGAAGCAGGUACCCUGCUUCGCCUCCAUGCUCACCAAGAAGCUUUACUUCCGCCCCAAAAAGUAAAACCUUCCGCCACUCUGGCAUCCAUCCUAAAACGGCUUGACAAUCACAGGAAAGCUUCCAGUUUUCUCCGACAUUCCCCUUGGCUUAAUUACUCUCAUUUUCUAAUUCUGUUGCUUGCAUGAAAGUAAAUAUGACAGUUGAGCUCAAGAUUUCCGGAAAGCGCGCAGCCUGGCUUGCCAGAACUUUUGCUGAGUCAAUUAUAUAUAUAUUUUAACCCCCCCCGAUUUAUUUGGUGUCAGGAAUUUUUUUUUGUGUGCUUAGGUCAUGAGGAAAACCUUCCCCUUUCGUUCCAUUCAUCGAAAUAUGGUACGGUUUACUUAUUUGUAGCCUACUGAGUAACAAACACAUCACGCAAUAAUUUUGACUCUUUUUAGCAUUGCCCGUCAGCACAGCGCAAUGACAAUGAUUCUAAUUGUUAUGACAGCCUUGAACACACCCUCUUCUUUAUCUAAACUUUACCAAUUGGAUAUCAGGUGUCCCUGUUCGGUUUAUUUUACCUUUUAUUGAUGACAAGGUGCAUCUUAACUUUUAACUUUACAGUGGAUCACUUUUUAUGACUUUUCUUCAAUAUGCUGUCCCCCCCAACCCCCCAAAAAAGGGAAUUUAUGUAUUUUUACGUGUGCGUUUGUAUUCGUCUUCCAAGUUGUCACUGGUCAAACUUGUCUUCAAAAUGUGAGAUAUGUUUUUUGCACCCUAAACCACAGCUGACACUAAUGAUGACUGUACCUCAGGGAGUAUGGGUGCGUGCAUAAAAAAAAGUCACGAUGCACUGCAUCACUUAUGAAGAACAAAGCAACUCGCAUUAGUCAUCUGUCUGUGACAAACCGAUUCAGCAAAUAAGUUUAUUUCAAUUUUCCAGUUUGUUUGUAUCCGUCCUUCCUCCCCCCAUCCAAAUACAACAGUCAUCAAUAUUUCUGAUUAAAAAUGCAGCAUUAUGAAAAUAAA